AUGUUUAUUGUGAAGGUAAGACUGCGGCGCGGACUCAAGCGGUGCCUGCGUGGGCCCGGGACCGAGUUGCUGAAGGCCAAGGUCCUCCUUGGGGGGCCCUGCGAGAGUGGAAAAACAAUUUUGGCCAACUUUCUGACAGAAGCUUCUGACAUCACUGAAUACAACCCAACCCAAGGAGUGAGGAUCCUGGAAUUAGAGAACCCACGUGUAACCAGCAACAAUAAAGGCGCGGGGUGUGAAUUUGAGCUCUGGGAUCAUGGCGGUGAUUCAAAGUCCGAGUCUUGCUGGCCAGCCCUGAUGAAGCACUCUCACGGGGUGGUGAUCGUCUUCAACGCCAGCAUCCUAAGUCCCCUGAAGGAAAUUGAGAUGUGGUGUUCCUGCUUCGUCCAGCAGCAGUUCUUACAGAAUACUCCGUGUCUGUUAAUCGCACACCACAAACCAAGCUCCGGAAGUGACAAAGAAAACCCAGCUUUGGCACCACCCUUGAACAAGCUGAAGCUGGUACACUCGAAUCUUGAGGACAACCCGGAAGAGAUCAGGAUGGAAUUCAUCAAGUAUUUAAGAAGCAUAAUCAACUCAGUGUCCGAGAGCAAAGACCGGGAGACGUCCAUUAUUACCUGA